AUGAAUCUCCAUUUUAUUCUCACACUGUUGGCUUUUGUCACUCUCGUGAAUGCAGGAUUUGUGAGUGACUCGAAUACUUUGAAGUAUAAAUAUCAGCCUUCUAACUUUGAAAAAUGAUGGGAUAAUUGGAAAUUCUAACUUUCAAAAUAAUAGAUUGAUAAUCCAAUCGGUCUGGGUAGUGUAGAGUCUCCAAACCAAGACUGAAGAGUUAGGGUCCGAUCGGAAAAGCCCUGAUAUGAAUGGAAGCGGAAGUGAAAGCUUCUCACCCAAACCAACUAUAGUCUCUCUCAUAAAAGUGCAUGUUUUUCAGCACGAAGAAUGUCACGAAACACUGCGAGAAGGCCGGCUCCGAAUCGAAUCCGUCGCCGAAUCGCUCGCCGCCCGUGAGAUCGACCGCCUUCUUUCCGUGCUUUCCGACUCGAAGCACCGAAUAAAAACGUUCAAACCGGAGCGUGUCAGCUUGUCGCCGGCCUUCCAAGAGAUGAUCCAGAUCCGUGACGGCCAGCCACCCUGUCCGCAGCCUAACAGCACAAUGUUCACCACUACCGGCCCGACCACCACGACUAAGGCUGCCACGACGACUGGUCCGUCGACGACGGGUCCCGCGGAUUCUUCUUCUGCUCCGCCUUCUUUUUCUGCUGUUCCGCCUUCUUCUUCUGCUGUUCCGCCUUCUUCUUCUGCUGCUCCCUCUUCUUCUUCUGCUGCUCCGCUUCCUGAUCCGACGCCAGAAGAGAAAGAGACAGAGAAGAAGUUCGAGCCAGUUAGACUGCACGCCAAGAUCUCAAAAGACGAGGAUCCGUUCCAGUGGUACAUGAAGACUCUCCAUGUAAGUCUCCAACAAACUCGCCAAUUCAUCGUUCCAUUAGUUCAGUUCUACAUGGGCCGUGAAUCGGAAGUGUGUAAUAAUCAACUGACAGACCUGAAUUCCGUCACAGAAGACCAGUUGUUCGGUUACUUUUCGACGCUCGCCGCCGCGCAUCCCGGUCCGUUCUGCUCGCUUUGCCACCGUUUCACAGAAGAGGUUCACGCGAGAGUGCUCCGUCCGAAUCGUCUUCUGACGACCGACGACGAGUUCCACGUCUCCAGUCUGUUUUACUCGCAAAUCCCGUCACCGAGAGCACUUUGCACGGCCAUCGCGCCCGGCUGCGACGAGGAUUACGCCCUCAAAGGUUCGUCUUUCAAUCGUUUUCUCUUUUCUAAAAAGAACGUCAUUUCAGUCGGAAAUCUGACCGAAUCCGUGGUUUGCCUCGAGUGCACCGCCUGCAUGUCCAUCACGAAUGUGCUCCACCACAAGAUUCUGCUGCAGCCGAAGAUGCUCGACGCCGUCUACUACUGGCUGCGCGGCAACCUCUUCCACAACCUUUGCGCCGAACUCUGCCUCGCUUUCCAGCCCUACAAUGUCACUCUUUUCCCUCACGGAUUCACUUACGACGGCUGCCAGAAUGUUAUGAAGUCGAAGUUUUAUCAGCUGGCUGAGGUGGCCACGGUCAUCACAAGACCCGAGAGAUUCUGCAGUUUGGAGCUUCAGUGGUGCGAACUGAAUGAGCAACCCAAUGCUAUUCACUGCCUUCGGGAGAUGUGCCAAGAGUGUUUGUGAACUAGCCAAACUCAUUUGACCUAAUUCGCAUCGUUUCAGAUUUCAAAGACACUCCACAAACACGUUGGCUUUGUAGUCAGAUACCAGAUCGACCAGCACAAGCUGAUGCCUUUUUGAACAUUAGACAGACGAAAGUGCGCAAGGAGAAGAGGGAGUACCACUUCGAGUUCGAACAGAGGAAUCUUCACGACGAACUUUAG